UUCAUUAGUAUACAGUUGACAGUAGUCAGAUUUGCAUUCAUAUUCGGUUGUUCAAAUUACACAAUUAUGCAAACAAAUGUGGUACAAAUAAACACAGCCUAAACACAACCUACACAUGUGUCUAGUCAUAAAUAGUAGUCUAAAUAUAGUGUAGGAGGCUACUUACUACAUGUUAUCCGCAGCUCUUGUGGGGCUUUUGGCAUAGGAGGAGCUCAUGGAAGAAUUAACACCUCUCAGAUGACAGCGAGCCACUGACGUCAGCGAAGAUAUAAUAAAGCGGCUGUAUAGGCACGUUCAUGUAUGUGUGUGUGUGUGUGAAGUUUGGAGAAUCUAGGCCCUAACGGUAAAGGAAGGUCCAAAGUUGUGGCAAUCAAAUUAAAGUGUCUCUAAACGUCUUAAGAUCAAUAAUAAGCAACAACAUGGAGGUCAGCGCUGAGGCCAAGAGGAUUAUGGUCCACGCUCUAGGCAAACUAUACAGCUCGCGCGCCCAGCGCGGGGGACACCGUCUCCACCGGAGCCUGCUGCUCACGCUCGUAAUGCAGUCCGCCCGGAAUAUCUACCACGCAUCGCAGGCCAGUUGUGAAACCACGACAGCAGCAGAGACGAUCCAGCAAGAGUCGCCGAUGGAGGAAACAACUGGAGACCGUUUGGAGAGGGAGGUUUCAUCGUCUCUGUCUGGACUACCCGCGACCCCCCAGCCCCAGGAGAUUCCAGUAUCCUCCGAGGACGAAACGAACUCACACCCGCUGCACUGCAGUGUAACAGUAGGUAGAGAAGACAAGGAGAACCGGGGCCCGUCGAGGCCUGACCGUAACGCCAGGAAGAGACGGGGCAAGGCGGCCUCGGAGCCCGACUUCCUCCCCUGCAAGAAAGCGAAAAUGGAGCAAGGGAGAAAUACCGUCAUACGGAGCUCUGUGAACUGCUACCGUGUCGGUGGGGACUCCCUGGUCUCAUCGGUGCCCAUGUUAAAAGCCAUUGCUGCGUUUUGAAGGGACAAUGAAGAGUUUGCUUUGAUUUGGGUUCAUAAAUACAAUUUUGUGACGGAGCAGGAGGAAUACGUUGUGGGCAAAACUAUCCGGGUAUGAGCCGGGUAGAGAGAGAGGAGACCACAUAUGCGUUCAGACACUAUAAAUUGCUGUGGUCCCUAAUGUUGGAAACUGGGCUGUCCCGGGAACUCAGCGGAGGUUUCUCCGAAAAUUGGAGCUUGUUUUGUGAAAGAGGUGACUGAUCGUUACGGUAAAAGAGUUCAUGCUCUCCCGCUGUGACUUUCCCCGCUGGCUGUGCUCCAAAAGAGGGAGAUGGAAGAACAUUGGUCUAAUACUUUCUAGGGCUGGGCCUGGUCGAAAAGGACUGAAAACAAUACACAGCACAAGCCUAAACCGACUGAAUAGUGCUGGUUAAAAUGACUUUUAUAGCCUACACGUGCGCCAUGAUGCUGAAAAUACUAGACCAACCAUUUGCUAUUAAUCACUGCCGUGGGUCCUAGUAAUCUAAACAUUUGACCUAUUACAUAAAUUGAUCCAUUAAAUGUUCUGAAUGUUCUACCGUAUGAUACAUUCACAUGUAUAUUUUGUUAAUUUGUACGUUAAUUGGUUAAACUGUGGAACUUUUCUUCCAUAAGAACCAAAAUGAAUUGUAUCGACACUGAUAACCAAAACUGAAACAAACCAUACCAUACCUCAGUUUUAUUUAUUAAAACGUUUUAUAA